AUGGCUGAGGGCAGAGCGAGGGCGACUGCGACUGCGACGGGAGAGGACAAGGGUGUGCACAAUCUGGUUGGCAUGAACCAGCAUCGACCAAGGUUGGAUCCAAGACGGCGGGAGCUAGAACCGCAGCACGGCGUAUGCGUAAAGGGUAAAGCAGGAGGGAUGACUCGGAUGGAAUCCUCGGAUGAGCAUAAUUCCGACGCAGCACGAUGCGACGCCAACGAGUUCAUGGCCGACCACUUGGACUCCCUGGUCAAGGGAGCUCCCGCCCCCGGAAAGGAUGCCAAGGCCGUCACCGGAACCAGCGGCGUGUCCGCCCUCGCCGACCCUCUCAUCAACGCACCCAGCUCCCCGCCCAUGGUCUACCUGAACCUCCUCGUCCUCGAAGCCUCCCUGCGCGCCCAGUUCCUCGAGCUCCGUGCCCGUCGCCGCCACCACACCUUCUUCCUGGCCCUGCUGACCCUUUGGAUCGGCGCUUUCGGCUACGGCCUGUUCCUGGCCCCGCGCGAGGACGGCAGCGGCGUCGGGGGUUCCGUCUACUGGGGCAUCGAGACCUUCGAGAAGCUCUGUUUUAUGGGCGGCAUCAUGACCGCCAUCCUGGUCUGGGUUACGGGCAUCUGGGACCGCGGCAUCCGCUGGCCCCGUCGCUGGUUCGCCGUCUCCAACCGCGGCCUGCGCGCUUUCAAUUGCAAGCUCGUCCUCAUCCGCCGCUCCUGGUGGGCCGAGCUCGCCUCCACCAUCGGCUUCUUCCUGACCUACGGCCUCUUCUCCCACACCGCGAGCUCGUCCUACCGCCACGUCGACCCCCCCAUCCAACGAGACGUCGAGAAAGAACUGGGCCUCGCCCCCGGUGCCCACCCUCCCAUACCUAUCGUUACCACCGAAGACGAGGAGAAAGGAGGAGGUACUACUACCACCGGCAGUGGUCAUGGUCAUGGUCAUGGUCACGGCCAUGAGGAAGACCUCGCGUCGGGCGGCGACUACGUCAAGCUGCUCUUGCUGGCCAAGCCCUUCACCCCGGCUUUCCGCGAGAACUGGGAGCUGUACCGCGCCGAAUACUGGGAGCGGGAGAACGAGCGACGCGCCCUCCUCCGGAAGAAAUUGAAGGAACGGGACCGCCGCCUGGCCAAGGAGCGUUGGGGCAUCUUUUGGUGGUUACCCUGGCGUCGCGUCCCCGGCGUGCCGACCACGCCGUCCACGCGGUCGUCCUCCUCCGCUGCUGGUGUUGGUGUUGGUGCUGGUGCUGGUGCUGCCACCCACAGCCGGAACCGCGACCGAGACCACGACACGGACAAGCUGCAUCCCCGGGCCGCUGCCCUGGAGAAGCAGUACCGCCGCCGCAACAGCAACAGCAACGGCAACGGCAACGGCAACGGCAACGGCAACAGCAACAGCAACGGCAACAGCAGCACCACGCGCCGCCGCAGCUCUACCAGCUCAUCGCCGCGGCCGCGGAACAUCACUCCGACCGUCGAGAGCGACGAUCCCGCCGCCGCCGCCGCCGCCGCAGUCGGCCUCAGCCGAAAGGCUAGCUCGGGCUCAUCGUCGACCGGGCCGACAACAUCGGAAAAGGAGAAGAAACCGAGACGGGGCAGCAAGCUGUCCGUGAGCUCCUCCACCAAGCCGAAGCGGCCGCGUGCCGAUUCCCGGUCCGUCACUCCCGAGAAACCGUCGCCGCUGUCGCGAGAAAGCAGCGCCGUGGAUGGAGCCGGUUCAGGGAUGGAGAGGACGGAGAGCAGACGGCCCGGAUCGCGGGGUUCGGCUUCCAAGCUGAGCAUCGCCUCCGAGCCACAGGCGUAA